GCGUGUUUACAACUGUGGAUUAUUGAACAGGGACAACAUUUCCCAGAAUGCAUUGUGGAGUAAGGAUUCAGGCCGCAAUAUUAUGGUAGCCUGAGAGUCCGUGCGGCUCAGCCUCAGAGCCGGACAUGCUGCAGUGCCAGAUGCCGGUUCAGUUUGAUGAUGUUGCAGUAUAUUUCUCGGAGGAGGAGUGGGAUUCUCUUGAAGAAUGGCAGAAGGAGCUGUAUAAGGACGUGAUGAAGGAGAACUAUCAGACGCUGGUAUUUGUGGAGCAACCAGAGAUUGUAUCCAGGAUAGAGAGAGGAGUUGAGCCCUGUAUCAGGAUCCACGAGACGUCACAGCAACUACAAGCAGCAAAUGCCACCCGUGCAGGUACGAAUCUUACAGACGCUGGAGCAGUAUUACCGGACGAGGAGUUGCAUAUGGAGCUGCAGGUUCAGUGCCCAGAAGAGCUUUUGGAUGACGUUGGGAGCCAGCCAGAGUGGGACAUGCUGGACAUCCUAAUAUUCCUGGAUGAAUUCUUUGACUUCUAGAUCAGAUGUUUAUUUUCCGUUGUUAUUUUUGUUAUGUUACUUUUAAUAAACAUUAUUUUUUA